CUCACGCUGAGUCUGCAGCCCAGCACCAUGGUCCAGGGGGCCUUGGAGCCUGAUGGCCCCGGCUGGGGCUGGGAUGGGGAGGAUGACUGGGACAGCGCUGUCCUCACCCUGCUGGCGCUGGCUGUGGUGGCUGCCACGGCACUGGCUUUGCACUGGUUUGGCUCUGGCCAGGACCAGGAGGCGGCAGGACCUGCAUCCACAACCCCCGGGGCCCAGCCUUCUCAGGUUGGAGGAGCCAGCCGAGCCCUGCCCCUGCAGCCCAAGGUCAGUGGUGGUGUCGAGGGACACAGCUCAGGGCAGGGGCAGCCAGACCCUCCAGGACGUGGCCAGGGGAGUCCAGCUGCAGCCGGGGCCCAAGAUCAGGAGCUCCGGGGAGGUGGUCUGGCUGCCACAGCGGCACCUCCACUCAAGACACCCGGCGAGGUGGCCAGUGGAGGGGCCUUGGGACGGCAGCACGACAGUGCCACUCCAGAAGCCCUGCGAGGUAAAGGAAGGGAGCCUCUCAGGCCAGAUACUGCCUUCCUGGGUCGGAGCAAAGUAGGGGGGACAUCCGGCCCCCUCCUGAUACACUUCACCCCUCGGAGUCCUGGCAGAGAGACUGAAGGGCAAGUGGAGGCAGGAGGUGUUCAACCCAAGGUGCCAGCUCACCAGGCCCUGGUCCACACAGCAGAACAGGACGCCAGCCCCUGGCAACAAGGUGUAGGGCCACCUGGCUCGCUAGAGAGGGGUCGAAGAAGCCGGCGGUGGCAGGUGGACCAAGGCCCAGAAGAUAGACACCGCCGCCUCCCAAAGCUGGACCCCCUCCGCCUGGGCUCUGUGGUGAGUGUGUGGGAUGCUGUGGAUGCAGCCAGCAGCCUCUCCACAGGCUCCCAGAGGCCUCCUCUCCCCUUGGAGCUGCCUCCACCACGUGCCACGCAGACUGGGCCCUUGACAGAGGGCACAGUGAAGGGGCACGGGGAGAGCAGCCUCCAUCCAGCCUCAGUCCUAGCUCUGGAGAGCAGGGAGGCUGGGCCCCAGGCUCCCAGGGAGUCUCAAGGACCCCCAGCCUCUGUGGAAGGCUGGCCGUGGGAGAGGAGCUUCGUCCAGACCCCAGACUCCAUGGGCCCACGGCCAGAGGGGUCGCAAUGCGGACAUCCACUCUUGUCUCAAGGACGGGGGACCGCAGACGUCAGCAAUGCGGUAAAGGCUGGGGCUCAAGGCUCUGGAGACCGCUCUUUCUUCAGCUCAGGGCCGGGCGGGGCAGAGCAGCAACGGGGCCAUGGCCUUCUAGAAGGGAGACCAUCUUGGCAAGGCCAGCGCGGGCAGAGCAGCGGGCAGGAGGCAGGCAGUCUGGACACAGGGAGGCGCCCCCCAGACCCCCCCGGCUCAGCCACGCUCUCCCCGCGCAUCCCUAAGCCCCUCCCACCCUUGGCUUCCCCGCCCACAGCACAUCCCCACGGAGGUCUCUUACCUGCAGGCUCAACCCUUCCGACCUCCUCUCCUUCAGACUCUUUGUCCCUCAGAGUUAGUCAGGGUUCUGCCGAGGAUGAAACUCUCAGGGCAGUGUCAGCCCCAGCCCCUGCCCCUGCCCCUGCUCCAACUCCGUCCUCCUCCCCAGCCCCUGCCCCAGCCCCAGCCCCAGUUCCGACCCCUGCCCCGAGUAGUGAGUCAAGGCCUAUGUCCCAGGAGCCCAGUGUGGCUCUCUGCAAGGACAGCCAGGAAGGGCAGAUCUCAUCUAGCUGGGAAAACCUUAUUUCGAUGGUUCUUAGGAGUCACCCUUUCCCCAGGCAAGAGAGACGCCAAGGGAGAGCCCCAAGGGCAGCUCCCAGGAGCCCUAGAGAUCCCAGCACUGAUGCACCCUCUGAGAACAGAGAGUCUGGUUCUCCCCCUGAAGGGGCCGCCACCAGCCUGGAGGUCAGGAAUGGCUCCGCCGUUGGAAUGGUCACAGAAGCUGGCACAGGGGGCCUGCCUGAGGCUGGGUGUCCGCAACAGCAGAGAAGCUUGGAUACCAGGGAGGCUCCUACUCCAGACCCUCCCUCAGGCCCAAGGCCAGAUGCAGUGGAUGAGAAACAUCCAGACUCCCCACUGCCUGGAGCCGCAAUGCCCGGGGCCCCAUCACGGUCCCCUGGGCAGAGGCAACCUGGCCCUGUACCCUCCCCCACCACGAGGGGGGUCUCACAGCCUGUCCCACGGCCUCGGAAACGCAGCAUGUGUGAAAUAGCAGAGAGCUCUGAGCGGGAGGUCAGCCAGAUGGUACCACUGAGGCAGGAGGGAGAGGCUCCAGGGGAGAGGCCCCGCCCUGCAGGCAGCGGGGCAGUCCUCACGGAAAAGCGGGAGGCCCGAAAACUCAAGGUGCUUCUGCAGAGGCCCGGGAGCCGGGGGGUGGCGGAGGGGCCUCGGAAGCCCGGCUCCCUAGCCCGGGAGCCCACUCUGGCCGCGGCUCGACGACAGCGGCUGGACCUGGGCAGCUGCCUGGAUGUACUGGCCUUUGCCCAGCAGCACGGGCAGCCCGGCCUGGUGCAGGAGACCUAUGCGUUGAUGAGCGACAAUCUGCUGCACGUGCUAGGAGACCCGGGCCUCUACCGGCAGCUGAGCGGGGCUGAGCGGGAGCGCAUCCUGAGCCUUCGGACGGGCCGGGGCCAGGCGGUGGUGGGGGUCCUUGUGCUGCCCAGCCUCUACCCGCUGAGCCGCUCGGGGCUCACAAGGGGCCCUUGUGGGGAGGAGGCCCCUACGGCGGGACCCGCACCCCUGCCUCCUCGCACGCACCUGCACGUGUUCAACCCCCAAGAAAACACAUGGCGGCCCCUGACACAGGUGCCGGAGGAGGCCCCGCUGCGGGGCUGUGGACUCUGCACCAUGCACAACUACCUGUUCCUGGCGGGGGGCAUCCGCGGCUCCGGAGCCAAGGCUGUCUGCUCCAACGAGGUCUUCUGCUACAACCCACUGACCAACAUCUGGAGCCAGGUGCGGCCCAUGCAGCAGGCCCGUGCCCAGCUCAAGCUGGUGGCCCUGGAUGGGCUUCUUUACGCCAUCGGUGGAGAGUGCCUGUACAGCAUGGAGCGCUAUGACCCGCGCACGGAUGCCUGGACCUCGCGCGCGCCCCUCCCUGCGGGCACCUUCCCUGUGGCACACGAGGCUGUGGCCUGCCGUGGGGACAUCUACGUCACUGGGGGCCACCUCUUCUACCGCUUGCUCAGGUACAGCCCUGUGAAGGAUGCGUGGGAUGAGUGCCCCUACAGUGCCAGCCACCGGCGUCCCAGCGACAUGGUGGCAUUGGGAGGUUUCCUGUACCGCUUCGACCUGCUGCGGGGUGUGGGCGCUGCGGUGAUGCGCUACAACACUGUAACGGGCUCCUGGAGCCGGGCUGCCUCCCUGCCCCUGCCCGACCCGGCCCCCCUGCACUGCACCGCACUGGGCAACACCAUUUACUGCCUCAACCACCAGGUCACCGCCACCUUUACGGUCUCUGAGGGGACUGCCCAGUUCCAGGCCAGGGAGUUGCAGCCCUUUCCUCUGGGGAGUAAGGGGGUCCUCUGUCCAUUCAUCUUGACUCUGCCUGCCAGCGACCGGCUGCAAACAGCCCUCUGAGCUGCUGCUCUCUAGGGCGACCCUGGGCCUG